AUGCCGAGUCGUACACUGCCUACAGGUCUGAUCGACGACGGGAGGUCAUGGAUGACGGAGGAGAUCCUUCAAGAUCUUAUAACGGAGGCUGAGUUUCCUGAUUCCGUGGAGUUUCGUAUCCCGGACCAUCACGAAAGGCCAUACAAUGCUCCGGCGGGGUGCAUAUUUACUGAAUUUGGGAUGAGCUUUCCUCUUUCCCCUCUGUUUUUACAGUUCGUGGCUGACCGUGGCGUUCCUACGAGUCAACUGACUCAUGGCGUGGUUCGCCAUAUUGUUUUUACCGAAGCUCUGGCUAGAGCUGCCAGAGUUGCGUUCGAUCGACUCCUGUUUGAGCAUGUCACAGUCCUUCCAACUUCAUCGCGGGAAGGAAACUUCAAGCGGUUUCAUACCACAAUGAAACAUGACAUUUUUUUCGGGGAUUACCGAAACAAAAUCCACUGGUGGAAGAAGUACUUCUUUUUUGUGAAGAUAAAUCGUGCCUCAGUUAGGAGGAUCAAAGCUGAUCAGAUAAGGACAGAAUGGGUUGUAUCGCCGGGACCGUCUAGGCGAACGAGACCGAGCGGCGAACUUAAGAAGAAGUUUAAGUUACUGAAGGAGCUCAGUCAUCAAUUGUGGCCUGAGGUCGUGGCGGCGCUCGAGAAGAAGAAACAAGAAAGGAAGGAGAAGAGGGAGGGGAAGAGCAAAUCCGCCAUUUCCGCGACUCCGAUAUCCACAGCGAAGCCAUCUCGCUCCAAGAAGAAACCAAUGGGCCUUAAGAAGAGGGCGGGCGUUCCUAUUGAUGAUGUUGUCGUUGCUUCCGAGCCGGUGCCGAAAAAGAAAAGGGUCGGGUCCCCAAGACUGAGGGAUUCUCCUUCUUCUCCUCUUCGGAGCUCUUCAAUUGCGUCGCGUACGAGGGCUUCGACGAAGAAAGUCUCAACUUCUGUUCCCGAGGACGUUCCGGAGCAAGUGAUCGAGCUUGACUCUCCUCCUUCCUCGGAUCAUGAUGGUUCUUCCCAUCACGACGAGAGUGCUUCUCAUCGUGAUGACGGUUUGAGAACUCCGCCGCGUGGUGGUUCGCCUUCUCAGGGGAACGAGUUCCUCACUCCUCGUGACGACGCUCCUUCCUUUAACCGGCGUGAUCGUGGCGGUCUUGAAGGAGGGGAGUCAUCUCGGCGCCCAGGCGAGAAUGAUGAGGCGGUGUCUCGUCACUCGGAGGCGGGCGGCUUUGCUCCUGGCUCAAACCUUGGUGCCGAGGGUGAUAACGGGAUGCCAAAGGAUGGUCCUGAGGGCUAUAAUCCUCAUGCGUUCAAGACGUGGUGGAAUGGCGAGAGUCCUCUUAUGGAGGAUCAGGAUGCUUGCGGAGAAGCGACUUGGAUUUCCAAAGUUCAUCCCGGUUGA